CUUCCCCUUCUUUGGGGGUCUUCCCUUGGAGGAUGGAGCGGGUCUGGUGGGCUCUCUCCCGCCUCCCGUGGAGCCCCGGCCCCCCCUUGCCUUUGGACCGCAUCGUGGCCGGCCUCCCCCUCCCCACUUUGGUCCGACCCGCCCCCGGCGAGUGCGUGGAGGGCCUGGGUGACCAGGAAGCACUGCUGCUCCACUCCUGCCGCCAGUGGACUACCGUCACCGCCCACAGCCUGGAGGAGGGACACUACGUGGUGGGGCCCAAGAUCGACAUCCCCCUCCAGUUCCCAGGGAAGUUCAAGCUGCUGGACCAGGACCGGGACGUGCGGGAGCCGGUGCAGUUCUUCAGCAGCGUGGAGGAAGUGGCCGGCACCUUCCCCGACCGCGUCUUCGUCCUGGAAGCCAUCACCUUCAGCGUCAAGGUGGUCUCAGGUGAGUUCAGCGAGGACAGUGAGGUCUACAACUUCUCCCUCCACGCCGGGGACGAGCUGACGCUCAUGGGCCAGGCGGAGAUCCUGUGCGCCAAAGCCCCUAAGGAGAAGUCCCGCCUUAACACCUUGUUGAGGAAGUUGGGCAAAGCCGGAGUGGGCGGUGGUGGCAUCAUCAGUGGCGGAAGUGGCCCCACCGAGGGGGUCAGCAGCACCGGGCUCAAGGCCCUGAAGGGCAAGAUGCCCUGCCUGAUCUGCAUGAACCACCGGACCAACGAGAGCCUCAGCCUGCCCUUCCAGUGCAAGGGGCGCUUCAGCACCCGCUCACCCCAGGAGCUGCAGAUGCAGGAAGGGGAGCACACCGUACGCAGCAUCAUCGAGAAGGUGCGUCUCCCGGUGAAUGUGACGGUGCCGAGCCGCCCGCCACGCAACCGCUACGACCUGCACUGCAUCCGCGAGGGCCACUGCUACAAACUGGUCAGCAUCAUCUCCAAGACGGUGGUGCUGGGCUGUGCAAUGCGGGAGGCGGAGGUGUCGCCCUUCCACUUGCUGCUCUUGGCCGAUGUACCGCGCUUCCUUCUGCCGGAGGGGCUGGCACUGCCGGGGGGACUACCGGACCCCCCGCUGGAGAGGCUCCUGCGUGACUGCACUGCUUUGUGCCAGGAGCGUUUCAACCCUAACGAGUACUCCCGGGCUGUGCGUGAGGCCAAGCCAGACCUGUCCGAAGAGAGCGUCGCCAGUCCCCGGCGCCUGCGGCUAUGCCUCCAGGGCCGCUCCGCCCGCGACCAGGUGGCCCACUCCUUCCAGCGACUCUCCCUUUGCCUCUACAGUGCCGGCACCAUCACUGCUGCGUCCUCCUCCUCCUGCUCGUCCUCCUCUGAGAGCUCUGGCCAAGACCUGGGCCCUCCGGCGGGAGGCGGAAGAGCUCCCCGGCGCCUGAUCCUGCCACCCACCUUCCGCCCCCAGGAGCCCCCCGAGAGGGAGGAGUACGUGGCCCCUGACUGGGCCCCACCCCCCCUACGUCCCUCCUAUGAGCGGCCCUACGAGGAGCUCUGGUCUGGGCAGAACUACGCCGAGGCCCCAAGUGGAAGGCCAGCGCUAUGGGCAGAGGACCGGGUCCAGGUCGAGGGGGGACGCGACCUCAAGGGCUUCGCCGGACCCGCCUCCAUGGACGCCCCGCCCCCUGUGCCCCCCAAGUCAGAGGCGGUGCGGGAGGAAUGUCGGCUGCUUGUGGCUCCGCCGGUGCCGCCCAGAGGGUCCCUCGGGCCCCCUGGCUCCAGCCCCCCGCCCUCGGUGCGCUUCCCCAAAGCCCAGGCCGGCCCUUUGCUUGCCUCCGGCCUCUCGUACUACUCUUCCGGCCUCCACGACGAUGCGCCUGUUCCUCGGAGCGGGAGCUGCUCCCCUUCCCCGGACACUUACUCCCUCUACUGCUAUCCCUGCACUUGGGGCGACUGCAAAGUCGGGGAGACCCCCAACCGGACGAUGCUGUGCGGCCCCCCGGCUCAGCCCCGCUCCCCUCCUCCGGCAGUCCCCUCAGCAGCGUCCGUAUCAGGGCCUUUGUGGCCGGACCCUUGGCCUUAUAGUGACCCAGGGCGGUCCACCCCAUUGCUGGAGCCUGCCCAGAGCUGCCAGAGCUGCCCCCUCCUCAAGGGCCCCCCUCCCCAGAAGCGCUUUGCCCCCUUUGGGGCCUUGAACCCCUUCUCCAGCCCGGCUUCUUCUUCCUCCUCCUCCGACUGGCCGGAGCCCCUGGAGUGGACCCGGCCCCCCUCCCCAGAGCCCUUUGAGCCCUUCGGGGGGACACCCUCCCCACCACCCCGUGCCGCCCCGGCCUUUGAGCCCCCGCCGGCCGAGGCCACGGCCGCCUGGACACUGGGGUGUGAGGGGCCCGCGGGGCGGCUCUUCCUAACCGAGGUGCCCCCGACAACCGCCCGGCCCAGCGCCCGGCCCAACGGGGACGGCUCUCCCUGGCAGCCCCCCGGCGACCUCUCCUCCCUCUCGUUGGAGGGCGUCUCCCAGUGCCUGCGAUUCAUCGGCCUCUCGGAGGAACUGGCCGGACGCUUUGCCCGCGAGCGCAUCGACGGCAGCAUCUUCGUCCAGCUGACCGAGGAAAUCCUUUCCGAAGACUUCCGGCUGACCAAGCUCCAGGUCAAGAAGGUCAUGCAGUUCAUCAAGGGCUGGCGGCCCAAAAUUUAAGCGUGGAUAAGGGUGGUCCGAAAAGCAGACCCUGGACAUUGAUUGGCCCAGAAAGAUGAGAGGGACAUCUUGACCUCAAACCCAAUGAAAAGUUGGCACUUGGAGGGCAGAGCAGGGGGUCCUUGUUGGUGGGUUCUCACAGUGGCCAAAGGGCCGGGGUUCUUAGAAGAUAAUGGGGAAGGGGCUGCAAUGGGGCAUCUUCUUCCAGCAUUUGGAGGAAGGAGGACCCUCUCCGAAGACUUCCAGCUGACCAAGCUCCAGGUCAAGAAGGUCAUGCAGUUCAUCAAGGGCUGGCGGCCCAAGAUUUAAGCAUGGACGGGUGGUCCAAAAAGUGGACCCUGGACAUUGUCCAGAAAGAUGAGAGGGGCACCUUGACCCCAAACCCAAUGAAAAGAUGGCAUUUGGUGGACAGAACAGGGAGUCCUUGUUGGAGAAUUCUCAUGGUGGCCAAAGGGCUGGGGAGGGCGGUCAUAGGAGGCGUUGGAGAAGGGCUUUCAAUGGGGCUUCCCCUUCCUUCUCCAGCAUUUGGAGGAAGGAGGAUUCUCUCUGAAGACUUCCAACAGACCAAGCUGUAGGUCAAGGUCAUGCAGUUCAACAAGGGCUGGUGACCCAGGAUUGAAGCGUGGAAGGGUGGUCCAAAAAGUGGACCCUGGAAAUCGGCUCAGAAAGUUAAGAGGGACAUCUUGACCCCAAACCCAAUGAAAAGAUGGCACUUGGAGGGCAGAGCUGGAGGUCCUUGUUGGUGGGUUCUCAUGGUGGCCAAAAGGCUGGGGAUCUUAGGAGGCAUUGGCUGCAACGGGGCUUCUCCUUCUUUCUCCAGCAUUUGGAGGAAGGAGGACCCUCUCCAAAGAUUUCCAACUGACUAAGCUCCAGGUCAAGAAGGUCAUGCAGUUCAUUAAGGGGUGGUAGCUCAAGAUUUAAGCAUGGAGCAGGAAAGCAGAGGGAGUAGAGAGAUUGGCCCUGGGCAUCACCCUUUCCAAGGUAGAAGGAUGUGGCUGUUGGAGUGAAGUAGGACACUUGACCAUGGACCACCCUCCAAAAGAUGGUCUUGGAAGACAGGCCAAGGGGAUCUUGCCAGUGAGUGGACCAUGGAGGGGCCCAGUGGGGGGUUUCCACCAUCCACUGCAUUUGGCAGGAGGAGAUUCUUCUCCAAAGACCGCUGGCUGACCAAACUCCAGGUCAAGAUGGCCGUGUAGUCCAUCAAGAGAUGGAGGCCGAAGGUCUAAAUGGGCAGUGGUCCAAAAAGCAGAGGAGAGGUUGACUAUGGACAUCUUUCAAAAAAAGAGAAGAGGAGAUCUUGACCCCAAACUCAAUGAAAAGAUGGCACUCAGAGGGCAGACCAGGGGGUCCUUGUUGGUGGGUUCACCUUUAGAUGGAGCUGGUGGCAAAAGGGAGGGCCAGGAAUCCUUGGAAAGUGUUGGGGAAUGGUCUACGAUGCGGUUUUCCCUUUCUCCAGCAACUAGAACAAAGAGGCAGGCUCAGAGCUUCCCUCAGCCCCAUUGCCAGUCCUGUGGGGCCCUAUUGGUGCCUCCACUCCACAGUUGGUGGUGAGAUGGCACCACAUAACCCAAUACUAAACCCUUUUGUGUAUUGACGCAGGGUGCCACAAAGUAGAGGAUGAUGCCUGAGUUGCUCUUCACGGAAUUGGGUGAAAGUGUUAGAAAAUUAUGUUAAUUAAUGGCAUUGAGAAAAUGAAGCUGAGAACAACGAAGUCCAUGGCUUUGUUGUGUGGAAGACAUGUAUCUCAGUGAUGUGUCCAAUUUGGGGCUGGUGGUGGGGCCCAAAAAGAAGAAGAUGAGG